AUGACUACCAGGCCGAGCGGUUCGGUGCCUGGGCUUCCGGGGCAUCAAAAGGCAUCCCGGCGCCAGAAGCGGGUCCAGGUGGCUAGAGCAUGCGAUGAAUGCCGACUACGACGCAGAAAGUGCGAUAACAAAGUUCCAUGUUCAAAUUGUACAGCAAAGGGCCGAAUAUGCAGCAAUAGUGGUGCGCCCAAAGCAUCCACGCUCACCCAAGCCUCCGAAGAGAUUGAGUGGCUGAAGCAGAGAGUCCAGCACCUGGAAGCCGAACUCGAACAGCGGUCCAACGAGGGCAAUAAUCUUCCCACGCCAACAGGCUCUGCAUCGUCGCCACCUCAUGUCUUUUCAUCGAGAAGCUCUGAAAUUGCAGAUUCGGGUGAUUUGAAAAAAUACUGGGGCGGCAUACAGCUUCGCCCUGCGCGAUCAUCCAAUGUGACAUGGCUUGGCCCGUCAUCACUACAUUCUUUCAUACAACGUCUCAGCGUGUAUCUCAGUCUCAAUCUUCAACAGACGCAUUCUGCAAAUAAUUUAUUCCCCAUCUCGGCAAGCGACAAUAAAUUGCUGGACAGACCAGAGGGCCCCGACGUAGACCCAGUCCGUCGGCUGGUCUCAACGGGGAAACUCUCCAAUGCCGGUGUCUAUCUAAGUCCGAUACAAGAGGAGUAUUUUAUCAACUUCUUUUGGCAGACUUAUCACACCUCUUUAUUCCCAUUGCUGGAUGAAACCCAAUUCAAGAAGCAUUACCAGUCUCUGUGGGUGUCUGGUGACAAAGAACGAAAGCCAUCAGCCCUAGUCGAUGUUAUCAUUGCCAUGUGUAUGCAACAUGGCAUUUCAGCUCUGCCAUCAGACACCCAGGGGUGCCUGGUAGAAGGCAAAGAUGCCUUGGUCGCCGGCCGAUGGCACUUUUGGCGUGGACAGACACUGCUCACAUACGAGCUUGAAAGUCCUUCUCUUUCAACACUGCAAUGCCAUCUACUCUGUUCAGUUUAUCUGUGCGGUGGAUCUUUCCACAAUAUGUUGGACAAUUCAAUUGGUCAAGCCGUGCGCACAGCUUACGCUCUGGGCCUUCAUUUGGACCCCUCGCCGAGCAUGACUGAGCAAGACCGCGAGAUGCGGCGACGAUUAUGGUGGGCGGUCUAUCUUAUGGAUAGCAAAGUCGGAAUGAAGCUUGGUCGCCCGUUCUUGUUGCGUGACUCUCAUGUCAUGCCAUGUCUACCUAGCGACAGCUUCGAUGCUGCAAGAAUGUCGGGCUCUGCUUUUGCGCCCAUUGGCGACAACUCUACCUGGCUGAGUUAUAAUCUCCACCAGACGGAGCUAUACAUCAAAGCACGAGCUGCCUACACGAGCUUUUACGACCAGGAACUUCACUUGCGGGAUGGCCAGGUGAUAUGGGAUAAUCCUCAUGCCCUGCAAGCCAGCGCGGAGGUUUUAUUCCCACAUAUCCAGAUCCUGAAAGAAUGGAGCAACAGUAUACCAGAGGCUCUAAAGCUGAAGCGUCAGAAUAACGGCAGGCCUCUUUCGACGGAUGGUACACGUCUGUUAAUCGAGCAGUUCGCUCCACUCUGGCUCCAGCGGCAACGCGUCCUCCUCGAACACUCCUAUCACCACCUCAGUAUCAACCUAUACCGACCGCUGCUUUCCUUCUCUUCCAAGCCGUCGCCAGGAUCUCGGGCGGAGGAGAUCGCUAUGCGCUGUGCUUCCCACGCUAUCAUGCUAUCGAAGAUUACGCAACAAGUCCUUGCAGACACUUCCAUCCUCGACGGGUGGCAUGAGGCCUUUCACUGCCAAUGGAAUGCGGCUAUGACACUGAGUGGAUUUGUCAUGGUAUAUCCGGAUGCACCAUUGACCAUCGAAGCCAGGAAUGCAAUCGACCUAGCAGUCGAUGUAUUUGACAACUUCGGUGCAAAGUUCUCUGUUGCGGCGAAUGCAGCCAAAAUUAUGCGGGAUCUAUGUGCCAAGAUUGACUUCCUAGCAAAGUAUAAUCAGUCCCAACCUGAUCCUUUGAAUGGCCUCCAAACUAUCUCUAUGGAUGAUUCUAUGAGUAUUCUGCCAGGGCUAUCCUUUGAUGCUUCUUCAAGUUCAUCAAUACGAGAUUGGAGCUCCUACACCAAUGAUCUGGCACCGGAUUUGAGCUUGUUUGACAUGGCGGUUGAUGUAGAUUUCUGGAACAAUCUCGAUGCGCUCUGGCCAGAAGCUGACAAUAUGCCUCAAUACCAAUCGGAGAUGUGA